AUGCAGCUCACGCUCGCUGCCUUCCUGGCUGCGGCCACAUCGGUGGCGGCCUCGGGCGCUGCUGGGGAUGGCCGUGCCGGCCGCCUCAUCCAGGACGACGCCGCGCAUGGCCAGGCCCGGCUUGGCCGCCUGGGCCCGGACGUGCUCGAGGAGGUUGCCGAGCACCACCACAAGCACGGCAGCGGCACGCGGCCCAACUUUGUGUUCAUCAUCACCGACGACCAGGACCUGCACAUGAACUCGCUCGACUACCUGCCGUACGUCAAGAAGCACCUGCGCGACCAGGGCACGACCUUCCGGCGCCACUUCUGCACGACGGCCGUGUGCUGCCCCUCGCGCGUGUCGCUCUGGACGGGCAAGCAGGCCCACAACACCAACGUCACGGACGUCAACCCGCCGCACGGCGGCUACCCCAAGUUCCUGAGCCAGGGCCUCAACGACAACUACCUGCCCGUGUGGCUGCAGGCCGCCGGCUACGACACGUACUACACGGGCAAGCUGUUCAACGCGCACACCGUCGAGAACUACAACUCGCCCAAGGCCAACGGCUGGACGCAGAACGACUUUUUGCUCGACCCCUUCACCUACCAGUACCUCAACGCCAGCUACCAGCGCAACGACGAGCCGCCGCGCAGCUACGAGGGGCAGUACACCGUGGACGUGCUGGCCGACAAGGCCUACGGCUUUCUCGAGGCCGCCGCGGCGAACCGCAAGGCGGACGGCACGCCGUUCUUCCUGGGCAUCGCGCCGGUGGCGCCGCACAGCAACGUCGAGAUUGGCACGGCCCUGGGCGACAUUGACGACAUCCUCGACGCCAAGUUCUCGGCGCCCGUGUCGGCCAAGCGCCACGAGCACCUGUUUGCGGAUCUCACGGUGCCGCGCACGCCGCACUUCAACCCCGAGGCGGCCUCGGGCGUCAGCUGGGUGAGCCGCCUGGACCGCCAGACGCAGGCAAACGUCGACGCCAACGACCACUUCUACCGACAGCGCCUGCGCGCGCUGCAGUCGGUCGACGAGCUCGUGGACGGCGUGUUUGCGCGCCUCGACCGCCUAGGCCUGGCCGACAACACGUACGUGUUUUACACCACGGACAACGGCUUCCACAUUGGCCAGCACCGGCUGCAGCCCGGCAAGGAGUGCGGCUUCGAGGAGGACAUCAACAUCCCGCUGAUUGUGCGCGGGCCCGGCAUCCCCGGCGGCCGCGUGUCGCAGGCCGUGACCACGCACGUCGACCUGGCGCCGACGCUGCUCAAGCUGGCCCGCGCGCCCGCGCGCGUCGACUUUGACGGCGAGCCCAUCCCGCUGACGGCGCACGAGCUCGACGUGGCCGCCGUCGACAACGGCGCGGGCCGCCACGAGCACGUGACGGUCGAGUUCUGGGGGUUCGCCGCGGCCGAGGGCGACUUUGGCUUCAACGGCGGGUCGCGCAUCGUCACCAACAACACCUACAAGGCCGUGCGCAUCAUCGGCCGCGCCUACAACCUCUACUACUCCGUCUACUGCUCCAACGAGCACGAGCUCUACAACCUCGACACCGACCCCUACCAGCUGCACAACCUGCUCGGCCACGUCGCCGGCCACAGCGGCGGCCAUGCGCCGCCCACGCACCUGCUCGACGUGCCCCUCGCCAAGGUCGUCGCCCGCCUCGACAGCCUGCUGCUUGUGCUCAAGUCGUGCAAGGGCCGCGCCUGCGUGCGCCCCUGGGCCGAGCUGCACCCGGACGGCGACGUGCGCAACCUGCGCGAGGCGCUGGCGCCCGAGUUUGACGCCUUUUACGAGGUCGAGCAGAAGCGCGUGUCGUACGCGAGCUGCGAGGCCGGCUACUUUGUCGAUGCCGAGGGCCCGCAGUUUGAGACGGACGGCAUCGCCUACCGCCACGGCGCCAAGUGGCACGAGUGGGUGUAG